AAAAUAGAUGUAAGAUGCAGACUUUUGUACAGCCACAGCUCUGAGGCAGUAAGGGUGAAUCCCCAUUUAUUUUGUGUUAUAUUCAUUUUGAUCCAUUUUCUCCUGUUUUUGUGAGCGUAGGGAAUCAGGUUUUCAUUUUGUAAUUUUGUUUGUUUCCUUGUUUCCUCCCAAGGCUACGCAGACUGGUUGAGAAGUCAGUUUCGUUUUAUUUAUUAUUUUAUCCUGAAGAGUAACUUCCCUUUAUUUUUGUGACUUUGUGCUUUGGUCAGUGAGUCCGUAUCACUCUGUAAACAGCACAACAACAAUGGAAAAUAGAGCAAAUAAGUAAACAAAAGCAACAUUGCAAUAAUAAAUAUAAAAACUGCACCAAUAGGGAAAUGUAGGCUCGUUAAUUGUCAGUCAGUAGCCCUGGUAGUUUCUCUUCCGUGCACCGACGCAUUUAACUAACGGAGUCAGUUCCAGCUGUGAGAUACUGCGGUGAUACUAGGAUUUGAGUAUCGAACUCCAUAUCCACCUUUUACUCCAGGUGAGGGUGGAGACGCUUCUGUCGCGCGCAGACUUGGGGAGAAGCUGCACUCGCGUGAAUUCUGCGACGAGUAAUUUUAGGACAUAGACGGAAAAACUGUAAGUAUCGAGCUCAGCGCGUUAGUAUCGAGCCGAUACCUAUGCUGACCUUGGUAUCGAUAUUUAGAUCGAUACGCCCAGCUCUACUGCACAGACCCUCACUUCACUGUGUCCUCCUCCACAGAAGCCUCAUAUUCUGACAUGUCCACCAAGCCGCCGUGUGAAGAUCAGUUCCUCUGCUCCAUCUGUCUGGAUGUGUUCACCGCUCCGGUCAGCACACCGUGCGGACACAACUUCUGCAAACAGUGCAUCACUCAGCACUGGAGCAUCAACCUCAAAUGCCAGUGUCCGCUAUGCAACGAAGUGUUUCGCCACAAGCCCCAGCUGAGGGUCAACACCUUCAUCUCGGAGCUGGUUGAGCAGUUCAAACACGAAGCUCAGCAGAAAACCAGCAGCAGCUCAAAGCAACAAGUUGCGCGCCCCGGAGACGUUGCCUGUGACGUGUGCACCGGAGCUAAGCUGAAGGCGGCGAAGUCCUGCCCGGUGUGUCUGGUCUCCUACUGCCAGACUCACCUGGAGCCUCACCUGACGGUGUCCAGCCUCCAGAGGCAUCAGCUGAUCCACCCUGUGGACGACCUGGACGCCCGGAUGUGCAGGAAGCACGACAAACCUCUGGAGCUGUUCUGCAGGAGCGAGCAGAGGUGCAUCUGCAUGUUCUGCUCCGUUUUAGACCACAAGGCGCAUGAGGUCGUUCCUCUGAAAGAGGAAUACGAGGUGAAGGAGGCGGAGCUGGAGAAGACGGCGGUCGAGAUCCAGCAGAUGAUCCAGAAGAGACGACUGAAGAUCGAGGAGAUCCAGGAGAUGGUGAUGAUGAGUGAAGACGCCGCAGACAGAGAGAAAGUAGAAGUUGUCCAGGUCUUCUCCGCUCUGAUGGCGUCUGUUGAGAGAGGCCUGAACCAGCUCGUCGAGCGGAUCGAGGAAAGGCAGAGGAAGGUGGUGCAACAGGCCGAAGGCCUCAUCAGAGACCUGGAGCAGGAGGUGUCUGAGCUGAUGAGGAGGAGCUCUGAAGUGAAGCAGCUCUGGGGCUCUGAAGACCACUUCCACCUCCUCCAGAGCUUCUCCUCCCUGGAAGCUGCUCCACCCACUAAAGACUGGACCAACGUCAGCAUCCGUCCACCGUCCUACGAGGGGGCUGUGGUGGCGGCCGUGGCUCAGCUGCAGGAGGCGCUCGGUAAAGACAUGAAUCAGCUGUUUGAGGCCGAGCUGAGGAAGGUCCAGCGGUUUGAAGUGGACGUGACUCUGGAUCCCGACACAGCGAAUCCAGCUCUGAUCCUGUCUGAGGACGGGAAAGCAGUCAGCCACGGCGACACGCAGGGCGACCUGCCCGAGAACCCAGAGAGGUUCUCCUACUACGCUUACGUUCUGGGGAGGCAGAGUUUCUCUUCGGGCAGGUUUUACUUCGAGGUUCAGGUUAAAGGGAAAACCCGGUGGAGUUUAGGAGUGGCCCGAGAGUCCAUCAGCAGGAAGGGGCUCAUCGCGCUGAGGCCUCAGAAAGGCUGCUGGAUGCUGAGCCUGAGGAACGACAGCGAGUACAAAGCUCUGGCUCGGCCCGUGGUCAGCCUGUCCCUGAGGUCCCGUCCCCAGAAGGUGGGGGUGUUUGUGGAUUAUGAGGACGGUCUGGUCUCCUUUUACGACGUGGACACUGCAGCUCUCAUCUACUCCUUCACCGACUGCAACUUCUCCGACAAACUUCACCCAUUCUUUGGUCCCGGGAUGAACGACGGGGGCAAGAACAAGGACCCCCUCAUCAUCUGCCCCGUCAAUCAAACGCCGAACCCGCUUCACGAGACCCGGACAGACAGACAUGAUGUUACAAACGAGUGAAUAAAUGAUCAUUUCAUGAAUAUCAUUUAAAAUGUGAAACGUGUUCCUUACAGAGCAGGAAAAAUAAAGGACGUUU